AACAAGUGAUGCAAGAGGGAGAGGGAGCAAAAAAGAGACGACAGGGAGAAAUCAAGGAUCCAUCGAUUUAGUGAUUUAGAUAUUGGACCUUUGUUUCAUAGAGACGGGAGAGCAAGCCAAAGAAGCAAUAAAGACGACAUUGGUGAAUCCUCAGACGCUGUUAGCUGAGGAUCCAAAGGAUGGAUUAUGCCAUGAAGUCCCUCAGUCUCCUGUCCCCUGCCUCACUCUCCAAGUGUGUGACAGCCAGUGUAUCAGCCAGUGCCUCCAUGACCCAGCAGCUUCUUGUCGGGACUCCUCGACCUAAGCCCUUCCGGGUCACCAGUGCUGACCGCAGCGUUAAGAAGGGAAUCAUGGCUGAUGGGCUACGAGACCUACUCAACAAAGCCAUGGACUCUCUGCACGUGUCCUGCGUCAGUGCCUUGGUGCUGGAUGAAGAUGGGACGGGGGUAGAUACGGAGGAGUUCUUCCUGACCCUGCAUGACAACGCUGUCCUCAUGGUCCUGGAAAAGGGGCAGAAGUGGACACUUCCACAGAACACUCAUCCCCGAAUUCAAAAUGAGCUCAAACACCAGCGCAGAAAAGAUGUGGCUAGAAUAACCUUUGACCUAUACAAGAACAACCCUCAGGAUUUCAUUGGCUGUCUGAAUGUGAAGGCCACGCUGUAUGGAACCUACUCUGUGUCCUAUGAUGUGCGCUGCUACGCUGCCAAGAAGAUGCUGAAGGAGGCUCUGAGAUGGACCCUGUUCUCCAUGCAGGCCACAGGCCAUGUCCUCCUGGGCUCCUCCUGCUACAUCGAGCAGCUCCUGGAUGAGGAUGACCGGGCAGACCUGAGCCUGCCACCACUGCCACAGGAUGGAAAGAUCAAACAACUACAGAGCAUCCUGAUGGGCAAGACGGCUGUGGUGGGCAAGACGGCUGUGGUGGGCAAGACGGCUGUGGUGGGCAAGACGGCUGUGUGAUCUCUCAAUACUAUGAACAUACAUCCUUCUCCCUUCCUUGAAGUAAUCACCCAUCUAAAUCGAUUUUACAGUUGAAAGGGAAUGCUAUACUGCAAAGUUUGCACCUGUCCAGUCAUGGCUGAUUUAGUAAUCACUUCAUGGAAAGAAAUAAUGGAUUGUCAGGAUAUUCAAACAGGGCUCUGCUCAGAGAGACACUCUAAAAGAGGCUGUUUGCUAAAAUGGCCUGUUUGCUAUAAGGAAUGGGUACUGGCAAACUGCAGGACCAAUACCACGGCACAGUGCUGCAUCACUCUGAUGUUAUGGUUACAGUGGCAGGUACACACCUUCUGGUUAGUUCACUCCUCUCGGUUGACUUUAGGGGCAGCAAAUGCUGUGUUCUACAUUUUGGCUAUGAUCACUUGCACUUUGUUACAUUUGUCUGUCUAUAUGGCUUGCAACACUCCACAAGUGAAUGCACUUUUCUAUUGCAGUGACUGCUGCUGAUCUGUAUCUUCAACUGAUAGAAGGCACUUGGCUUUUUUCAUAAUAAUAAGCAUGAAUAAAUCACAAGAAUAUUAA